AAAUGCCCCUUUAACAUCUUUUUAUACCGAUAUGGUAGAUGCGUCGUUGUGCACUUCUCAUUAAAUAAAACUAAAAUAUUGUUUUAUCUGAUCCCAUGUCCGCAAAUAAAAAUAUAACUAUAAAAAAGAAAUAUAAAAUAAAAAAAAACUUUAUAAUUUGUCGCUAAGCAACUGUCCCUAGCGCUUUCUACUUUUGGCUAAUUGGAUUCGGGCAAAGGUCAUGCCGAGAAACCUGGAAUGUCGGGGCUUCUUUCUAAACAGACUUCUUAGUUACUAGACGCUCUGACCAAGAAAGAACACUAGAACAGUAACGUGCAGAGACAGUUGAGGAGAUUUGAAGAUAUAAGUUAUGCAUACGGGAAUUUGAUUUCCUAAGUGUUGUUUCUGACUAAAGCUAGUUAAGUAUACCGAUGCAGUUUGAAUACGAAAUCACAUUUUUGUCUGAAUUUGUGCAGCAAGAAGUGCUAUCAGAUUAUUUAAAGACACUAGUUGACAAAAAUGAAGAACAUAAACAAAGAGCGCAUUCUCUAAUAUCAAGUUCCGAUACUGCGAACAUGGCUGCAGCUUUUUUGUCCAUGAAUUGUCUUAAUGCUCCAAGUGCUGAGUAUGUAAUUUCUUUAUGCGAGUUUUGGAAACUGUCAGAUGAAGUCAAGUUUCUGGCAUUUGAAGUUUUAAAUCAGUUUAUGAAUAAACUCAUGUGUGAGUUAUACUGUACAAUAUGGCUAUCAGAUGAUAAAUGCCUUGGGCUUGAAGUAAACAGUUCAGAGAGCUCAAUACAUACGAAAGACAAUAGCAGAAUCAGUCUCUGUGAGAGUCAGUGGAAAAGCACAAUAGAACAUGUUUCCAAACAGAUGGAACUAAGAGCUGUGUCCUCAGUGGCGCUAGCUAGCAAAUUUAUUUCUGUCAAAAAUAAAGUCACAUCUAAUAUGGCAAUUAACUACCUAAACAGCAGAGGAUAUGCAUACAAGAAAAGUAUUCUGUUUAAGUCGGAAGUAAGAAUAUUAAAAUACCUUGACUUCAACAUGUAUUCAGUACCAUGCAUACUCCCAUACAUUGGUGCAAUGCUACAGAGUAUUGCAAGCACCGAUAGAUGUUUUAAUGGCAGCAGGAUUUAUAAAACCUGUGUUGAGCUUCUCCACUGUUUCUAUCAGCGCAGAACUUUGGUCUAUGCACGGUUAUGGCAUAUAGAGGUAAAUGCAUGUGGAAUAAUAGAUUCAAAAUAUUUAAGAUUUGCCUCUUCUUUACUGGAAACAAUGUCUGACAAAGUUUACCUUUCUUGUGCAAUGAUUGCAUCUGCUACGUAUUUAUUAUCAAGAAAACAUAGCGAUCGUAUGAUUGUAAUGUUGCGUAAAAUGACCACAAUACCAGAUGAUGACAUUGCAGAAUUUGCUCAUGUUCUCAUGGAUGUUUUAUUGACAAAGUGAUGCCUUGUUUUGUCAUUUACCAGCUGCAAAUACAGACCAGCAUAUGGCUGAUGCCAGUCAUGAAAAAUAUAUUAUUACUAUAUUAUAUAGUUUUUGAUAAUUUUUGGCUUUAAAAGCAGAUCAGCUUUUUUCUUGCUAAUCCAUUUUUGAUUUAAUGAAUAGUUUUGUUUGCAAGCUCUAUAUUUUCUCUUUCACAAUAUUAUAUUGCCCUAUAACCUUUCAUAUUAUAUUUCUUUAUUUGUUUUUCAUUGUUCUAUGCUAUAUUAAAUAUACACCUAAUAAUU